AUGCAGCUGUUGAAGAAUGUUUUCUUGUGCUUGUGCAUGAUAAUCUCUAACGGCGUGUUUGGUGUUGAUGCAGAUGAAGUGAAGUCAGUGUCAGUGAUGGAGGGAGAUUCUGUCAUUCUACACCAUAAUUUUACUCACAUACAGAGACCAGAUGAGAUACUUUGGAUGUUUGAACCUCAAGGGACUGAUAUAGCUAAGAUCCAUAAACAGUCCAACUCAAGCUAUAUAUAUGAUGAUGAUGAGAGAUUCAAAGGCAAACUACAACUGGAUGAUCAAACUGGAUCUCUCACCAUCACAAAGAUCAGCAUCAAAAACUCUGGACUUUAUAAACUAAACGUCAGGAACAACAAACAAAUAAUUUACACAAAAUUCAACGUUACUGUUUAUGCUCAUCUGCUUGUUCCUGUCAUCAUCAGAAACUCACAAUGUUCAUCAGAAAAAUGUGUGUUGUUGUGUUCAGUGAUGAAUGUGACACAUGUGAGUCUCUCCUGGUACAAAGGAAACAGUUUAUUGUCCAACAUCAGUGUGUCUGAUCUCAACAUCAGACUCUCUCUACCUCUGGAGGUGGAAUAUCAGGAUACAAACACAUACAGCUGUGUCAUCAGCAAUCCCAUCACAAACCACACACAACAUCUCGACAUCACUGAACACUGUCAGCUAUGUUUGGAUCUAAACCUCUUGAUAAGUACUGCUGUUAUUGUUGUUACUGUGUUUUUGCUGUGGCUGGUAGCAUUUGUGAUUUACCGCCACAAGAAGGCAAGCUCAAAUGGAUCAGCUACAAUCGCACUUGAAUUUGAUUUCCAGGAAUAUGCAGGAGAAAUGUGGAAGCAAACUGAACAGAAUUACUGA